AUGUGCACAACAACAUCCGGCAAUGCGCCGGCUGACAUCAUCAGCGGCAGGAGUUACAACAAGGACGACAGCACCAACAACAUUAGCAGGAAAAAUAACAAUGCUGCCAAGGAGUCACAGUUGCGUCUGCCGCAACGUUUAAACUUGCGCAUAUUUAAGCUUUUGAUUAGCUGCUCGCUCUUAAUGUGCAGCAUUUAUUUAAAUGCCUGGCAAAUGUCCAUCGUGGUGAUGGCAGGCAGCAUCAAGGGACGUGGCGACACGCAUCGCAUCGCUGGGGGCACAAUUGGUAGCCCUGACGUGACGAGUGUGGCACGAUCCUGGCUAACACAAAGCAAUAAUCAUGCGAAUAUAUCUGAAUUAUUGGAUAAUUUGCUGCGUGGCUAUGACAAUAGUAUUCGGCCGGAUUUCGGUGGUCCACCGGCCACCAUUGAAGUUGACAUUAUGGUGCGUAGCAUGGGUCCAAUAUCCGAGGUUGAUAUGACAUACUCCAUGGAUUGUUAUUUCCGUCAAUCGUGGGUGGAUAAGCGUCUCGCCUUCGAGGGCGGCCAGGACACGCUUGCGUUGAGCGUUUCCAUGCUGGCACGCAUUUGGAAGCCGGAUACGUAUUUUUACAAUGGGAAACAGAGUUAUUUGCACACGAUUACCACGCCAAACAAGUUCGUGCGCAUCUAUCAGAACGGACGCGUGCUAUACUCGAGUCGACUGACAAUUAAAGCCGGCUGUCCGAUGAAUCUGGCAGAUUUUCCCAUGGACAUACAGAAGUGCCCCUUGAAGUUUGGUUCGUUUGGCUACACAACGGCCGAUGUUAUCUAUCGCUGGAACAAGGAACGACCGGCAGUGGCGAUUGCCGAGGACAUGAAAUUGUCACAAUUCGAUUUGGUUGAUUGUCCGGCGGGUAAUUUAACGGAUAUUGUUUAUAAGGCCGCCGCGCCCAUGCCCAUGCAAUACAAUCACAAGGAUGUGCCGAAACAAAGUAACAAGGACAAGCCAAUUAUGACAACAUUUGCGGGACCGGGUGCCAAGAAUCAGCAUGUUCGUGGCACCGGCCUAAAGCUGGAUAAGGGGGCAUUCGGCACUGGCAAGAAUGUGGGAGGAGCUACGGCGGGUCAUGCAGGAACGGGUACCCAAUUGGCGGGUAGUGUUACACUGGAAAUAAAUCAUCCAUCUGAAUACUCCAUGCUAAUGGUAAACUUUCACUUGCAACGUCACAUGGGCAACUUCCUUAUCCAAGUCUAUGGACCCUGCUGCCUACUGGUGGUGCUCUCCUGGGUCUCCUUCUGGUUGAACCGUGAGGCCACCGCUGAUCGUGUCUCGCUGGGCAUAACCACAGUACUAACGAUGACAUUUUUGGGUCUGGAGGCGCGCACUGAUUUACCGAAAGUUCCAUAUCCAACUGCCUUGGAUUUCUUUGUGUUUCUAUCCUUCGCUUUCAUAUUUGCUACCAUACUGCAAUUUGCGGUGGUUCACUAUUUUACAAAAUACGGCUCUGGAGAAUGCUAUUUUAUUAUUGAAGAAAUGGAAACGGACACGGAGUCCGAAACAGAUGUGCCCCAGUCCGAUUUUCAUGAUAGCACCGAGGAUAAAAUUUAUGAGGUAAUACCUCUGUCAAUGUGCGCCAUUAAUAUACCGGCCUCGGCAAGCAGCAGUGGUAUUGGCAGCGGUAGUCGUCUGGGGAUACUUCACGGUGGACGAACGCGGAAUCGUCGACAUGCUGGCGGAGUAGAUGGAGUCUAUUCGGGCAAUCGAGUGGCUGCUAGCUUCUGGCGUUGCUUGGACUGGACGAAGGGGCAGCGUCAGCGCCGAAGCACAGUCUCACGUCAUUCCAUCAACAGCUCUGAUGAAGAUGAUGAGCAAACUCAGUUGCGAGCCCACGAGGCACCCUGCACCUCGGCCGCUGCGGCUGCUGCGAAUGCUCAGCCAGUGCCUGGCAUGGGGCGUCGUCGCAUGUCCUACUAUAGACGGGAGGAGAUGGAGGCCCGUCGCAAGGGUAAACGCACACCACAAUAUAAUUCCGUCUCAAAGAUCGAUCGGGCCUCGCGCAUUGUCUUUCCGCUGCUCUUCUUCCUGAUCAAUGUCUUCUAUUGGUACGGAUACUUGUCGCGCAGCUCGCGUAUUUUGGCCAACGCUCCUACGAGCACCUGA